GACGUUUUGAGGAGUUACAGUCAUGGGCUAUCGGGCUUCGCGGCCCGUCUCUCGCCGGCGGAGGCCCAGUCCAUAGCAGCCCAACCAGGAGUAGUCUCGGUGUUCCCCGGUUCCAACUUGAAACUCCACACCACAAGAUCCUGGGACUUCCUCCAAAGCAGCUGCCGCAGCAAGAAACAACCCGACAGCAGCAACAUUGUAAUCGGAAUCUUCGACUCCGGGAUAUGGCCCGAGUCCGAGAGCUUCCGACUGCAAGGCACCAAUCACAGCUUCCCACGUGGAUGGAAUGGUACCUGCAUGACCGGAAGAAACUUCAACACCACAGCCUGGAAAAUCAUUGGUGCCAGGUACUACACAAACAUCAGCGACACCCCAAGAGACUUAGACGGCCACGGGACCCACGUGGCGUCGACGGCGGCGGGAGUGGCCGUGAGAAAGGCUUCCUACUACGACGGACUUGCAGCCGGCACCGCCCGGGGAGGCUCCGAGUCCGCGAGGAUUGCAGUGUACAAAGUGUGCCAGCACGGAGAUUGCCCGGACUGGCUUCUUCUCGGCGCGUUCGAUGACGCAAUCGCCGACGGCGUCCACGUCAUUUCCCUCUCGCUCGGCUCUGACAAUUCCGGAGACUUUCUCAGAGACCCGCAGGCCCUCGGCGCCUUCCACGCCGUCGAGCACGGGAUCACCGUCGUUUGUGCCGGUGGAAACAGCGGGCCCCGCCCCUCCACGAUUUCCAACGAUGCGCCGUGGAUCAUAACGGUGGGCGCUUCCACGGUGGACAGGGCUUUCGAAUCCAACAUCCUCCUGGGCGGAGGCCAAGUUGUGAAGCUUUUUCAAAGAACAAUCUGGGCUCUCGUAUUACAACUCACACCGGAGAAGAGGCAAGCCCAUAUGAUGUGGGAGCAGGGGAGCUGAAUCCAAUGGGAUCGCUCAACCCAGGGCUCGUCUACGAGACCGACGUGACUCACCACUUGUUGUUCAUGUGUUAUUACGGCUACGACACCAACACCGUGAGGUGGAUAUCCAAAGUUGCUCGCUCCUCAAACUUUUAUUGCUCUCAACACUCACAAUCGGACCUCAUCUCUAAUCUCAAUUUCCCAUCAAUCUCGGUCGGACUGACGGGAGCCAAUCGAACCAGAACCGUUCCGAGGGUCUUGACAAAUGUCGCCGGAAAUGGAAAUUGGACAUACAAGGCCGUGCUCGAAUUUGGAGGAGCUGGUCCAGUGUCGCACGUGAGGGUCAAGGUAUUCCCAAGAAAGUUAACGUUCACCGAAAAUGGACAAAGGCGUUCUUACAAGAUCAAGUUUUCAUCCAAGGAAGAUUAUCUUAUGAACCAAGAAUUUGUGUAUGGUUGGAUAACCUGGACCAACCCACAUUUCAAGGUCCGAUCACCAUUUGUCGUUCGGAUGAAUUAGUUAUUACUAUUUUGUAGUUCAUCGCAUGCAG